UGUCAAUAGGCGGGCCCCUCCUCUGCUGCAGGGACAUCAUAUGAUCCGGGACCAACAGGCAAACUUCCUUUAUUUUAAAGAAGAGGACACCAGCUGCUGCAGUGCUCCACAACAAGCUUUAUACAGCCAGGAUGAGUUCAGCCUGAAGUACAUAAGCAGCUCUAUGGGCAGCAGGAGGCACAAGGUGGUGGAUGAUGGAGAGCAGAGUCUCAUCGGGCCUCCAUCUUCUUCCACUGCUGGGGAUCUCCUGGACCAACAAGAUGCCUCCACACCGGGCUUCGUCUACGUGUUGACGUUCUUCUCGGCCCUGGGAGGGUUCCUGUUCGGGUAUGACACCGGGGUGGUGUCCGGGGCCAUGCUGCUCCUGAAGAAGGAGAUGAACCUGAGCGCUCUGUGGCAGGAGCUGCUGGUGUCCAGCACCGUGGGAGCUGCGGCUCUGUCUGCCUUCAGUGGAGGGUCUCUGAACGGGUGGCUGGGGAGAAGGAUCUGCAUCCUGCUGGCCAGUUUCAUCUUCAGUGUUGGGGGCAUCAUCCUGAGUGUGGCCCCGGACAAGGUGGUUCUGCUUGUGGGCAGGAUCACAGUCGGUGUGGGCAUAGGUAUUGCCUCCAUGACAGUUCCUGUGUACAUCGCUGAAGUGUCCCCGCCUCACCGGAGAGGUCAGCUGGUCACGAUCAACAACCUCUUCAUCACUGGUGGCCAGUUCAUAGCCAGUGUGAUCGAUGGAGCUUUCAGCUACCUGAGACACAACGGCUGGAGGUACAUGCUGGGUUUGUCUGUCGUCCCAGCAGUGCUGCAGUUCGUUGGCUUCUUCUUCCUGCCUGAGAGCCCCCGCUGGCUUCUCCAAAAGGGCCGCAGCCAAGAGGCCCGGCAAGUUCUCACCCGGAUCAGAGGAGGCCGGAGCGUCGACGAGGAGUUCGACACCAUCAGAACCACUAUCGAGGACGAGGAGAAAGAGGCGGGUGCAGGUGGACUUGUUAUCCUGCGGAUCCUCAGCAACGGUCCGACUCGCAGGGCUCUCAUCGUCGGCUGCGGCCUCCAGAUGUUUCAGCAGCUGUCGGGGAUAAACACUGUCAUGUACUACAGUGCGACCAUAGUGCAGAUGGCGGGAGUGCGGGAUGAUAAACAGGCAAUCUGGUUGGCUGCUGCGACUUCUGCCACCAACUUUGUGUUCACCUUGGUCGGGUUCUGGCUGGUGGAGAGAGUGGGCCGCAGGAAGCUGACCCUGGGCAGCCUCUUAGGUACUGGUCUCAGUCUGGCUCUGUUGGCAGUCGGGUUCCUGCUGUCUGCUCAGCAUUCUCCACCCAUCACCCUCCACCCAGCUGACCCUCAAAACUCAACCUGCAGAUUAUACGGGUCCUGCGAAUUCUGCAUGGUGGAUCCAAACUGUGGAUUUUGUUAUCGUGAAAACGGCACCAGGGUGUCCGACUCCUCCUGUGUUCCUGCCAAUCAAGAGUCCACAGAUCACGCCGCCUGGGGAAGGUGUUCCAACCAGACAGAGGGAGGUGACAGUGCGAUCUGGGCCUACAACUACUGUCCAACGUCCUACUCCUGGGUCGUCCUGAUGGGUCUCGUCCUUUACCUUGCAUUCUUUGCUCCAGGUAUGGGCACCAUGCCUUGGACGGUGAACUCAGAGAUCUACCCACUGUGGGCCCGCAGCACCGGCAACGCCUGUUCAUCCGGGGUCAACUGGAUCUUCAACGUCCUGGUGUCUCUGACCUUCCUGCACGUCGCUCAGUUUCUCACCUAUUACGGAGCGUUCUUCAUGUACACCGGCCUGGUGGUGUUGGCUCUGCUCUUCGUCCUCGGCUGCCUCCCAGAGACCCAGGGCCUGCAGCUGGAGGACGUCGAUAACCUGUUCACCGGUCCGCUGUGCUCCUGUGGAGCCUCCUCGCCCAACGACAGCAGCCAUGUCCACUACAUCCGGGUAAAAGGCAGCAACUACCUCCCCUCUGACAACGAUGCCUCAGACGUAGACUAGACUGGGAAGAGUUUCUCUUUUGGUCAUGGUGGUGUGGUGAGGAAAGUUAAUCAUGUCGCCCUCUGGUGGCUGCGAUCAAACAUGACCAAAAAAAAGCUUGAGCUCUCCAGUGAUUGGCUUAAACUGCCACUUUCCCCUCACUCAUCAUCUGCCUUUUCUGUCUUUGUCUCACCUGGGAGUUGGUCUGCUUUUUAUUUUUCACAUUCCUUUUGUUUCCCAUCAUUCCCUCUGUCGUCAUAAACGGGAACACUGGACUUUUCCAGGAUUACAGUGAGCAGGGAUCAUUGGAAGCUGCUGGGAUAACAAAUAUCUCAGGAAAGUCCUAAAAAACUGAUUCAUCUGAAAGAAAAGCAGAUAAUGGUACUCAGAUGGAAAGUCCUCGUUUAACAAAUUAUUUAAAGGACAUUAAAGAUGAACUUUGGGGAAUGACUUUAAUCUUCCCAGCUGACAGAAUUUUAGAAACACGUCUUCUUUUUUUUUUUCAAUGAGUUCAGAAACCAGGUGACCUCCUGGCUGCUGACUCAUCAAUUUCUCCUUCUUUCUGUAGCGUCGAGACAGUUUUAUUUUAUUUUCAUUUAGAGUAAAAAACUUUUUGCAUGAUUCCAGUCCAUGUCUUGUGGACACUGUCCGACUUCAAAACUGAUAAACCAGCAAGAAUGUGUUUGUAUUCUGGCCUUAAUGAUCUGCAGUUUUAAGAUCCUCCGUGCAGAGAAGAGACAAACAAACAUCAGUGAUUUCUGCCUUAUUUGGACAUUUUCAUAUCUGUACGUUCUUAAAAAACACAUUCCUGUUAAAAUCACUAACAUGGGUUCGAUCUUUAAUCUGUGCUGGUGUAAAUCAAAAUGAUUGAUUGUUGGUUGCUGCAGUUGUUUGCACAGUGGGAGAGACUGCACUUUAACAAACAAAACAGUGUCUGUUUUUUAUUUUAAAAGAUUUUUAUAUGUCAGAUUUCUCGAACGAGAUUUUCAAAUGUUUAAUUUUCUAGCAAGGUUUGGAAAUGAGCCCAGCACAGUAUGGAGCGACGGGGUCAGACAGUGCCAUAGCCUAUAUAACUGUAAGUACAGCGCCCAGGUGCCGAGUGCACUCGUGACUUUUCUGCUCUGCUACGACAGUUCGCCUUUUUUUAAUGUUCAGUUUAAUGUCCUUGUUUUCGCAGCUCAAAUAACGGUGACCCUGAACAACUUUAUACAGAGCAGCUUUGUUCACGACGUCCUGUUUGCACACUUUGAUAUUUGCCUAUUAACGUUUUAAAAUGUGAAAGAUUUCUUAUGAAACAUUCUCUGAUGCAGUCGUGUUUUUAGCUACAAGUUUCUGUGCAGCAGACGAGUGUUCCUGUGAAAAUUCUAUUUUAGAGCAGUCUGCAUUUUGUUUCUAGAACUCUACAAACAUCUAUUAUCGACAUAUUUAUGGUACAUACACUUUGUCCAAUAUGUCUAACUGCAUAUUUGGUGGUUACAGAUCUGUACUCCUUUCACAUGAUGUCAUGUGUGUUGUGAAAACUCUAUAAGCAAUAUGAUAUCAGUGAUAUCACAUGUUCUCUAUUCACCUAAAUCUCAUUGAUUACAAGAGGUGGGAAUCACCAGAGGGUCCACGGUACGAUAUUAUCACGAAACAAUAUUUUUAUGAUUUUAAAUAUUGCGAUAUGCUGAAUAUUGUGAUAAGAUAUAUUGUGUUUAUUACCUUUUUUCAGCUGUAAACUUUGUCCCCAAAGGAAAACUUCUGUUUUAUCUAAUAAGAUAAAGUUUUCAGUCUGUUCAUCACUUCAGACAUUUUUAGUGGACCAAAAAGCAACUGAUUUUAUCAUUCUAGUAGGCGAACUAAUGCUGGGUACACAUUACACAAUAUCAGCCAGAUUACAGCCUGAUGAUUGGUCGUGGACCAUCGUGUAGUCUGUCAUGUCAUGUGUCAUGACUCCACAAUCGUGUAAUGUGACACAGUGACUGUCAGAAAUGCCCCAAAUGCAAACUGAAUAGGUUUAAAAGCUCCUUUGUGCCUAUGUCAGUUACUAUACCAAAUAGUAAAUAGCCUGUUAGGGCUGAGCAUUAGUGCCAUGGUGCCCUCUUAAAGGGAUAGUGCACCCAAAAAUGAAAAUUCGGCCAUUUUUGGAUGCACUAUCCCUUUAAGGGAAUGCCGAAUGAUGAUGUAUUGUGUAUUUAUGUGUGAUGUGUUUUUAUUGUUUGUUGAUUUUUUAUGGAAGCAGGCAAUGUGCACAGCACUUGAGUCAAAGACAAAUUUCCCUUCGGGGACAAUAAAGUAUAUCAUAUUAUAUCGUAGAACAGACAAACGUUGUGUAGUGUGAACCUGGCAUUAAGUUUAAUUUGUAUUCGUAAUAUUGUAAUUUAUAUAAUAAAGAAAAUAUCAAUACUUGGCACAAUGUGAUGAUACGAUAAUGCCACACAAAAAGAAAAAAAGAAAAGUGGAGGUCCAAAAACAUGAGCCAGGAUUUAAAUAAAAAAAAGGAACACUAGGAAAACUGCUGACAUGAGGUACGAAGACAAACUGGCAGCGAGCACACAGACUAAAAACACAGGGAGGCAGAUGAUCGGGCACAGGUGAGACACAUCAGGGCGGGACAAACAAAUCACAGAGCAGGAGACACCUGAGGGCAGGAAGUGAAAUCUGAAACAAAAAAACAGGAAAUAAAUCUAAAGAAUCUAAAGACUGACAACAUGACCGAGGGAGCUUGACAAGACGAUGUGAGAAAUUAAAAGGGGAAAAGUUUUGUAUCAUACAAUCAAAAUACUGACAGUGUUUUGUAGAGCAGAGCUAAUUAACCCUCAGGUGACGAUGAGAGAACUGAGACAGAGGAUCAACAGUUCAUCAGCCAUUGAUCUAUUUAACCUGACGACACGUUCAGUUUGGUCUCACUGUGUUUUUUACAGUUUGUAUAUAAAAUGUGAAACAUGAUGUCUGUACAAAUAAAUUCCAUGUGUCUCUGAUCAUGUUCUGUUCAUUAAUAUGAUCUUUGGGAAAUAAACACACUGAAGCAC